GAAAUGCUGGGAAAAAGGAUAACGGUCACGUUCAACAUCAAUAACAGCAUUCCACCCUCAGCCGAUGAUGAACCACAAGAAGGGCAGAAACCCGAUGAGCAGGAGCCUGAUCUUACAUCAACUCCAAACUUUGUGGUGGAAGUAAUAAAAGAGGAUACAAAGCAGACCCUUGUUCUUGACUGCCAUUAUCCCGAAGACGAGGUCGGACAAGAGGGAGAGGAAGAAAGUGAUAUUUUCACAAUUCGGGAGGUCAGUUUUCAGCCCACUGGAGAAUCAGACUGGAAGGACACCAACUACACCCUCAACACGGAUUCCUUGGACUGGGCUCUGUACGAUCACUUGAUGGAUUUUCUGGCUGAUCGAGGGGUGGACAACACAUUUGCUGAUGAGUUAAUAGAGCUCAGCACUGCACUGGAGCACCAGGAGUACAUUAAAUUCCUUGAAGACCUUAAAAGCUUUGUCAAAUGUCAGUAGGUCAGGGUAGGAAACUUACUUUUGAGUGUGGGUAUCCUACAGCACUGUGCUCCAGCCAGCAAUGCCCAAAUGACGUCUUCACAACAGAUAUGGAGAGUAAGUAACUUGGAAUUUGGAGAACGGGAGAACGAAGAUUCUCACGUGUAUUUGAGGAUUUGUAUUUAUGUUGCAGCCCAGAUCAAGUGCUCUGACAUUAUGGCCAGGAAUUGCCUCGCCCU